AUGCGCUAUCAGUCAAUUACCCCCAUCCUCUUCGCCCAAUAUGUGGCAUCUGCAACUAUACGUCCAGGUCCAAGGACGAUUCCAAGUCUAGACUCGGCUCUCGGGCUGGGGCUGGGUCCAAGACAGUAUGAUGAGCCAUUCUCAGAGCAGCUGUCUCCUGGGUCAUUUUCUCCUGGGCCGUCAUCGUUUUCCGGGCCGUCAUUUCCUGACCAGUCGCCUGCUGGGCCGUCAUUUCCCGGGUCAUUUAUUCCUGAUCAGUCGCUCCCAAGCCAGUCGCUCCCACGUCCAGAUCAAUCAUCUCCAAAUCAGCCGUUUCAGCCAGAGCCGUUUCAACCACAGCCUAUUCCCGUAGAGACACGUCCAGAUGAACGGCCCUCAAAUAGCCCGCCUCCUGCGGAUCCGUUUUCUCUGAACCCGUUUCUCGUGGAAACACCCGCAGAGGAAAAACCCCCAACGAAGCCCGCCCCCGCGGAGCCAUUUCCCGUGAAACCGCUUCCUGAGGAAUCAGUUCCAAAUCAGCCAUAUCCUGGACAGCCAUUCACGCCGAAUCCAGAACCAACAUUACCAGAGCCAACUUUGCUGCCCAAGCCGGAGCCGGAGCCGGAGCCGGAGCCAGUAUUCACCUUUAGUCCAACUACAAUCUCAAAACCCCAGCCGAAACCAACUUUCCUACCAGAGCCAGAGCUAGAAACACCCCUCAUGUCGACCACAACGCAAAUUCUGACGCCGGAGCCGGCCUUUACCCUAAAGCCAAUUACAACCCUGGCUCUAGAGACAGAGACGGAAUCACCUCUCAAGUCAACCACAACGCAAACUCUGACGCCGGAGCCAGUUUUUACCCUAAAGCCAAUUACAACACUGACUCUAGAGCCAGAGACUACCUCUACAUCGAAAUCAACUACGACUUCAACAAGUUCAACUACAACUUCAACAACAACCUCAACUACGACAUCCACUACUACCUCAGCUACAACCUCAACUCCAAAUCCAGUGACACAGCCAACUUCACAGCCAGAACUAAAAGUAGUGGUUGUCGACGUUCUUCACUCUGAAAACCGCGAGGUGGGAAUACCGUUCCAGCCAAUGAUUUCCAUGGGUUUCGGCACCCCAUCCCAAGUCAUCACGGGCGUCUUGGACACUAGUUCCUCAGAUCUGAUUAUCCCCAGAGCGGGCAGCGCGGCGUGCAAACUCGCAAAGCAGCAGUGCCAAGGAUCGAACGCUGCCCUAGGGGACUACGAACCCUCCAAAGACAGCGAUGUCAGGAGGGUGCCGAAUUCGGGGUUCGCGGCUGGGUUUCAAAAUGGCGACGCGUACAACGGGCCAUACAUCAGCACGUCUGUGAGCGUGGGAGAUGCCAAGAUUAAGGCCGCGCAGGUUGGCCUGGCAGUCAAUGGGAGCGUGUCGCAAAAUUCGGCCCAAUAUCCCAUUUUCGGCGUCGGGCCCGUGGACGCCGAGCAGACGGUCGAUAACGCCAAAUAUGCGAACUUGCCUCAGAAGAUGAAGGACGUGGGCUUGAUCAAUGCAAACUUGUUUAGCGUUUGGUUCAACCCUACACCCUUCGCCAAUGGGUCUGUUGUCUUUGGAGGAAUCGACAGCACCAAGUUUACGGGCCAGCUCCAGACGGUCCCCAUGGAGCGAGACAACUCUGGAAAGAUUUCCGGCUUUGUCGUCCGACUGAGCUCUGUUCAACUAUCCAUGAGUGGUGCGCGUGGUGGGCAGCGCAACGGUCGCCCGCGAACCCGUCAAUCAACGUCUAUAGAUCUGGGACUGGGCCAAAGUGAAGGAUUCACCUCGAUGAACACUGGCUCUUCCUUUAUUCUGAUACCCAGUGGUUCCAUGGAAAACCUGGCCAGAGCCCUAGACACCACGUUCUCGGAGAAGGACGGCUUGGGACUGGUGAACUGCCAGCUGGCAUCGGGCGAUAACAGCUUGAUCUUUGGGUUUAACCAAGGACGGACCAUGCUUAGCGUGCCGCUGGCCAGGACUGUUAUUUCGAAAGAGAUUUCAAAGACUUCGCAGACUGGCGGUUGCGCGCUCGCCAUCGCCUCAGCUGGCCAAGAUAAUGCUGUCAACGUCAUGGGCUACCCCUUCAUGUCGGCGGUAUAUACCGUGUUCGACAGGGACAAUGAGAGAAUGAUGUUUGCACAAGCUGUGUGA